AUCGCGUGGCGUGACGUCACGUUUGUAAUGGCGGCGCCGCAGCGUCCUGCCAGAACCACAGCAGCUGCCCAGUAGUCAACAUGUGGGUGCCAGCUCUCCUGCUAAUGAUGACCGCAGCCUCCGUCGCUGGCGAAAUCGUCGAGUUCCUCCAGUGCCCCGAUCACAAAAUGGACGGUGCUGUGGUAAGCCGCAACUGUUCGGUGCACGCCGUGCGCGUGCACCCCUGUGCUGAGGCGGCGUACGGGCAGCCCUGCAAGAUCAGGAAGGGCCAAGCGGCCGGCAUCUCCUUCUCCUACACGCCAGACGAGAGUGCGGAGCAAGUGAAAGCAGUGGCCUACUGGCACGGCAACAUGGGUGACGUGGCCUUCCAGGGCAUGGACACAGACGGCUGCCACUUCACCAGCUGCCCAUUGACUGCCGGCGCCCGGGCCAACUACUCGUACGACCUGCAGAUCAGCAGAAAGUUCCCCUCCAGAGAGUACAGCGUGAUGUGGAAGUUGUGGAACAAGGGCGAGCCCAUCAAGUUCGAGUGCUGCUUCAUCGUCAGGAUAAAGAUCCUGGGCGUGGGCAAAAACUGAGAGCAUCGUGACGUCAUCUGACUUGUGAUCCAGUAGCAGGAGGCUGGCGACUUCUAACACUGUGUCAUUCCUCAGUUUCUGGCAUUAAAGUCUCUUUCCGAAUCAUC